AUGAAGUUUUUUACUGCCGCUCUCUUUGCGAGCGCUGUCAGCGCCUUCGCUGUCGAUAGCAUCAUUCCUGGUGCGCGAGUCAUCCCAGCCACGGACACUCUCGAGCUGCAACAUGUCGGGGCGCACCAUCAUAAGCACCCGAACCGUCGCACAGUGACCAUUCGGUCGUCGCGCAAUGACACCGAUGAUGUCUCCAAGGACUUCCUUUGGGGUAUCUCCCGGGCGAACCACGGCGGACGGCUGCUCCUGCAGAAGGGCAAGAAGUACGUCAUUGGGAAGAAGCUCGACCUGAGCUUUUUGAACAACAUCGAGGUGCAAUUGGAUGGGGAGCUGAAGUUCACCGACGACGUGCCAUACUGGCAAAAGAACAACUUCUACUACAGCUUCCAAAAGUCCAUCUCAUUCUGGAGAUGGGGAGGCCAGGAUAUCAAGAUCUUUGGAUCGGGCGUUCUGAAUGGUAACGGACAGCGGUGGUACAACGAGUUCGCCGGACAGGAGAUCCUGGACCCGGACAACACCUUCUACCGGCCGAUCCUCUUCGUGACCGAGAAUGCGACUCGUGUGUCUGUGGAGGGCAUCACACAGUUGAACUCUCCUUGCUGGACGAACUUCUUCGUGGGGUCAAACGACGUCUCGUUUGACAACGUUUAUAUCGAAGCCUUCUCCACCAACGCAUCGGCCCUUCCCAAAAACACGGACGGCUUCGAUUCGUACAACGUCAAAGGUCUGAGUGUCACCAACACGCGGGUGAACGUGGGCGACGACUGCUUUUCCCCGAAGCCGAACACCACCGAUAUCUUCGUGCAGAACCUGUGGUGCAACGGCACCCACGGCGUCAGCAUGGGAAGCAUCGGACAGUACCCCGGGGUGAUGGACAUUAUCGAGCACGCCUACAUUGAGAACGUCACCCUGCUCAACGGACAGAAUGGAGCCCGUCUCAAGGCGUGGGCGGGCGAAAAUGUCGGCUACGGUCGCAUCAACAACAUCACGUACAAAAACAUCCGCAUUGAGAAUACGGACAAGCCGGUGGUUCUGGACCAGUGCUACUUCAACGUCGACACCGCGACCUGCGCCGAGUACCCGUCCAGCGUGAACAUCACCAACAUCACGUUUGAAAACGUCUACGGCACUUCGUCGGGCAAGGAGGGCAAGGUGGUGGCUGAUCUGGUGUGUUCGCCUAAUGCUGUGUGCUCGGAUAUCCAUCUGGCGGAUAUUGAUCUGACGAGUCCGGCUGGGAGUCCGCCUGUGAUUAUCUGCGAGGGAAUCCAGGGGGAUAUUGGAGUUGAAUGUCAGUCAUCGACCAGCUAG